GAUUUUCUUACGUAAAUAUAGCAAAAGGAAUUUAAGAUAUCUCUUAGCGAUCUUAAAUUGGUCUACGAAACCGGUUUUGUUGAUCAUGUAAAAUAUUGAAAAUGGAAAACCAAAGAUGAUUGAUACACUUAAGUUGGCAUCACACCAUGGGACUUAAAAUAAUUUUGAGUCACAGACCCUUUUUUACGUUACUCUAGUGGGAUUGCAAAAGGGCACAUGCUGGGGAUGAUGUGAAAGGUCAACACUCUCGCGAUCUUCGGAAAGGGAGAGUGAAGACUGGACGGCCGAGAAGAAAACGAAGACGAAGACGCGGCCAUUUGGCCUUCAAUGGGUCGCGGUCGUGAAGCUCCAGUGGUCUGGCUCCACUUCAUUCAGCUCGUCGUCGUCGAAAGAGAUUAUCUCUGCACUUGCUCCGCGGCGAGCGAUCGCUUAUAUAACCGCAUGGCUCCCGAGUGGAGAAGAGGGCUAUAAAACGGCGUGUGCCCACGUUUGCCGAAUCAUUUCCAGUCGGUCCAGAGGCGAGCAAUCAUUCGAGAGUCCUUCGCAACGAAUCCAGAGAAAUGGCAGCCCGUUUCAUAAUCAGUGCGCUUCUGCUGGCUAGCCCAGCGGUAUGGGGAAAGCCCACCUUCGGACGAGAGCAUGUCCACAUCCGCAUUCACCUGCCGGAGAGCGGUGGGGAUCACGGCGGCCACGGAGGUGGUGAUUUUGGCGGCCACGGAGGCGGUGAUUUUGGCGGCCAUGGAGGUGGAGGCUAUGAGAUUCACUCCCACGAUGGCGGAUACAGCGGCGGUGGAGGAGGCGGUGGCCAUGUGAACACCUAUGCUGUUAUCACCGAGAACCACGGAUACAGUUCCGGGGGUGGCGGAGGCGGCGGAGGUGGCGGUGGCCACGGAUACAGCUCCGGCGGAUAUAGUUCCGGUCAUGAUGAUGCCAAGAUUGCUGCCAUCGCUGCUGCUGCUGGCUCGUCCUCCGAUCACGGACAUGGCGGACAUGGCGGACACGGAGGCAGCGGCGGACACGGCGGAGGUUAUGGUGGCCAUGCCAUCGCCAACAUUGCAGCCAUCGCCGCCAGCUCAGACUCUUCUGCUCAUGGAGGCAGCGGAGGAUACGGCGGCUACAGCGGUGGCGGUCACAGCGGAGGAGGUCAUGACACCCAGGUGAUUGUGGCUGCUGCUGCAGCUGGUGAUUCACAUGGCUCUUCCGGCGGAUACGGCGGCGGAUCCUCCGGUGGAUACAGUGGCGGCACCUCCGGGGGCUACGAUGGUGGAUAUUCUGGUGGAUCCUCUUACAGCGGUGCCUCCUCCUACAGCGGCGGCUCGUCCUACAGCUCUGGAGGAUACAGCGGUGGACAUGGCGGCGGCUAUAGCAGUGGCGGCGGAUCCAGCUAUGAUACCCAGGUGGUGGCUGCAGCCGCUGCUUCCGGCAGUGGUGGCUCCUACGGCGGAUCUUCCGGCGGCGGUGGCGACGGAUACAGCUAUUCAGCGCCGGCCUCCGGCGGCUGGGCGGGAUCCAGUUCAAACUGGAAGUAGACGGCAAUGUCCGUCGUUGGCCAUCUGGUCGUCUAGUCUACUGUUCACGUUUAACUUAUAUUUGACAUGUUCGCUCAUCCAUAUUCCACACAUUCUCCCAAGACACUGGUGUACAAAAUAAACCAUGUUAGUGUAAUAAUUUAA